AUGGCUGAUAAAUUCCCUGAGAUUGACGUUCCUACCAACGGCGAUGAGAACCUGGACGAGGACUUUCUAGCAAGAGAGAAGGAGAUUCUUGGUGACGACGCUGAACAGUUCAAGACAGAGCAAGACGAGGAAUUCUUAAGAGACCAGGAACAAGACGAGGUCAAACAGUUCGAAGAGCAAUUCCCAGAGGUGUCCAACGACCAGUUCCAAAAGUCCGAGGAGUUAGAACAGCAAGAACAAGAGGAGGAAGAGUUUGGUGAAGCAGCCUUCAACCCUCCAAAGACAGAGUCAGAUGCCGUUAAAGAAUGGAGACAGCGUUAUCAACUAGAGAUUCAAGAACGUGACGAGGCAAAUGAUAAAAAGACCAAAGAGACUAGAGAACAGGCCUCCAAGGAGCUGGAGACUUUCUAUGAGGAGUACAACAACAAGAAGGAUGACAACAUUGAAAAGGUUCGUGAUGCCGAGAAGGCAUUCUUGGAGAAGAGAGACGCCUUUUAUACAAAGGGUAACGUCUGGUCAAGGGCCUUGGACUUGGUG